AUGUUAGGGGACAAGCACGCUCGCAUAACCACGUAUCAUCCAGCGGCCAAAGGCCUGGUUGAGCGUUUUCAUAGACAACUCAAAGCAGCCAUCAAGGCUCAUCCCGGUUCAGAAUGGCAUGAGGCUCUUCCACUUGUCCUGUUGGGCGUUCGGAAUACGAUAAAAGCCGACUUGCACACUAAACCGGCCACACUAGCCCUCGGUUGCACGUUACGUCUUCCAGAUAGCAUCCGCAUACCUCUGCAGACACCAUACACCGGUCCGCAUAAGAUUAUCAUGCGUAACGACAAGUACGCCAUGAUAGAAGUUAACGACAAAAAGGAGUUCAUUAGUUUAGACCGACUAAAACCGGCGUUUUUAGAAACUGACACCAUUUCUAUUACACCUACGGAAGCUGCAGAUCCUUCGUCGGUAGACCCCACGCUAAUUAGACCUACAGAGAACCACCCCUCAACACCAACAUUGAUACUGGUAAAGCACGACCGCCGCGGUCGUGAAGUCCGUAAACCGGUUCGUUUUCAGUUCUGA